AGAUAGAGAGAAAAAGGUAUCCUUAGAAAUUUCUACCUGUGUGCUGCAGUUGGCGGGUCGUAAGCCGAUCUCUCUCAUCGUGUCUCUUUAUUCUUUUAUUUUUCUUUUUCAUAGUGAAUGAAAUUUUGUAAAUACUAUUUCUUAUUUAAUUGUAAAGCAAAAAAAACGAGAGAAUGGCGUUAGCCGAAGGUGAAAGGACUACCGGUGAGAUAAAUAAUACUAAUGGUACCAGUAAUCUUCGACGUGGUAGCAGUUUACGAUUACUUACUGCAUCUGUCGGUACUGCAGAGAACGAGUUGGGAACGCAGUUACGUCGUGGGGGUUCUCUGAGGAUCCCACGAAAUACAAGAACGGAGGAUGGAAGGACGUUAGUUGUUGAUAGUGAUCAUUCGUUGAAAGUACCCCGUGACAAAAGAUUGUCCUCUUCUUCGCUAUCAAAUAAGUCUUCAUCAUCUCUGGAAGUUAGUGGAAGAAAUGAGGGAUGUGAGAGACCGGUACGACCCGCCAGGCGUUCAGCUUCCGCAUUGGACCAACCAGCACCCGAAUAUCUUGCUCGAAGUCUUCUUCAAUUAGGAUGUCCUGUUAUCUCUAUACCUACACCUCGUGGCGGCGUUGGAUCGGAGCAACCGCAAAGUAGCGACAGCGAUGAUUCUACCGCGACGCACAGCCAAAAUCAGGGUCAAGGUUACGGGCAUGGACAUUCUCAUGGACAAUUCGACUCUUAUACCGUGCCCAAAGUCCAAGUGUCGGGACCACCGAACCCUUCUGAAUCCUCCUCCGUCAUCAAUGGGUCUGCGGGGUCCAUAGGAGCACGUUCGGCACCAAGUACACCAUUACAAACAACAACGCCUGGAGUACCGCAAACGAGUCAACAAUCAAUCGGUGGUGCUUCCCAGCUUACUGUUGUUGCUAAUACUCAAAUUUCUCAACCACCAAGAAGUCCAAGUCAUGCAGCAUUGAGAUGUAACGACAGUCAGCUUUCAAAGCCAUUGAGCAGGAGUACUCCAUCGAUGGCAGCCGGUGGAACUGUUCAAACUCCAGCGAAGAUCAGUAGAUCUUCAUCUAGAUCCUCGCCAUCGUCCACCAGCAGUGCUAGACAGAAAAAGUUUCAUCGGCAUUUUACUCAGUCUCCAAAAUUUCAACAUCAGGUAGCCGCAGAUGAACGUGUAUUAAACUACUACAGUUGUGCGCUGGUGGGCGAUAUCCUACUUCAAGGCCAUCUUUACAUAACACCGAAUUACUUUGCUUUCUACAGCAACGUUUUCGGUUAUGUUACAAAAUUAUUGAUACCGACGGCCUCGGUAUUAAAGAUUAGCAAAGAGAAAACAGCUAAGAUCAUUCCAAAUGCAGUCGCGGUAGCGACGGAGGGUGAGAGACACGUAUUCUGUUCUUUACUCUCGAGAGAUUCGACCUUCAAGCUGAUGAAACAGGUUUGGGACGAGGCAUUAUUACCAAGAACUUCACCGGAUGUUUUACCUCUUCCCGAUGAGGUUAAGUUAUUACCACCGGAUGCGUUGCUGGUCGACGAUUCGGAAGUUAAUCCUGAAGAAGAUGAUUCGAGUAUGUCAGAAAGUGGUACCGAUCAAACUGCUUCAAGACCACCAACCGUUUGUACGGAUACCGAUGGCUUAUCAGCUACUGUUUCUAGACCAAGUCAUACUCCUGUUCCUGGUACGAGAAUGGAUUCAGUGACACCAUCGAUAUCAAUCUCACCGGACAAAUCUCGUUCCUUUGGCACAUUGUUUGUUGGUGGAUUGAAGCCUGGUACAGUCAUUGCUGUAUUGGUUGUGGUCCUAGCAGCUUUGUAUAUUUCGGCAGCCAUGAUGAUGUUCCGCAUUGAUAGAUUGCAUACGGCAUAUCUGAAUCAUCCUCUUGUCUCGCCGGAACACUUUACACAUGAUCGACUCUUGCAUUAUCUUAAUUCAAAUCUCGAUCAGAUAGCUAAGGUCCGGCAAAGUUUGCAAACGUUGUCACAACAAUUCGUAGCAAUGAGUCAAGCUGGUGAAACAGGAUCAGCAGCUGUUUCCGGUGGCCCCAUAGAACCUGAAGAUGCGCCGAGUUAGCCCCCGGGGUGGAUAAAUAAUAAUAUCAUUAAACCAAAUAAUAAUAAUAGGAGUAUACGUCGCCUUUCUAGCGUAUGAAACGUGUCUCUUAAUCUGAUGCAAGACAAUUAUGGCGAUCACCACAUCAUUAAUGAUGAUAAAAUAUUAUCGUUUAGCACCCCAUCACGAUUAGAACUUCCAACAACAAGAAAAAAGAAAAAAGAAAAAAAAAGAAAGCGGGGAUUGUGACACUCGUGUAGGCAGUUCACAUCAGUCAUGAAAAAGAA